CGUUGAUGGGACUUGGUUAACUGCUCACGCAACGCCCGCCCUCUGUUCCUCCACACAAAGUCGCUCGACGAGCCGAAACCUCCAAAAUCCCGCCACCUGGACGAUGACUGUGUCAAGCGACGCCGGUAGCAAGCUGGAGCCUGUCGCUACCAUGUCCAAUUCGUCAACGCCUUCGGCCGCGAGCGGCAGCGCCCCUGCAGGCGAUGAAGCCGCCUCGACCAUCAUGGUCAACACGAAGACCCCCGCUGCCUUCCCGCCGCCCAAGACCGACAAACCUCGACCUCACGUCUGCGGUACUUGCCAGCGUUCUUUUGCUCGGCUGGAACACCUGAAGCGUCAUGAGCGAUCCCACACAAAGGAAAAACCGUUCCAGUGUCCGGAGUGCGCCCGGUGCUUUGCUCGCCGUGACUUGCUCUUACGGCAUCAGCAGAAGCUCCACCAAACCACGACACCGUCAUCCCGCCCGCGCAACCGUCGCGAGAGCGCGAGCGGGGCGACACCGGGUGCCGGCCGGGUCCGGAAGAACAGUGUCGCGGGUCCCAGUGCUGCCUCUGGCGACACCGCUGCCUCCAUGAGGCCUCGGGCAAACACUAUCAGCCAUAUCGACAAUACAGCCAUCCAGAUGAUGGCCGCGGCAACAUCUCCGAUCUCGAGGAUGCCCCCUACCCACAGCCGCCACCCUAGCCUGAUUGGGCUGCCAACCCAUCACGGUCUAGAGGCCUACGGCAUGGCUUCGGCUUUGGCCCACCGUGGAGCGCCUCUCGGCCUGCCCAAGCUCGAGACACAUGGUAUAAACGGCAUGGACUUUUCCGGCAGUCUCAGGACAGCUCCAGCGAUGCCGUUCGGCUCCGAGUUCGAUAUGGACGGAAGCUUGUUCUUCGGCGGCUCCCCUGGCUCCACCAUCAACCCCAACGCCCUCCACUACAACGAUUCUCCGCCUUCCAUGGCCAUGGAUCCCCUCUCGCCCUUCUCGCAUGGGCUUCCUGACACGUCGACCGCGAGCCAGUCACUGGACGAUUUCGACUGGGUAACAGGCUUCGACCAUACCAUGUCAUUCAACAACGGGCCCUUGGAGAACGCUGUAGACGGCUCUUCGCCCUCCGCGCUCAGCACCACGAGCCAGAGCGGUAUCAGCGACGUCAUGGUGGACGGCUCGAACCACCACACGGCUACGACGGCAACAAGUUCGAUGUGGCAGACGUCCAUAAUGGGCCCGCCGCAGAUGCCCAAUCCCUUCUCCCUCGACGUCAGCGGUUCCGUCUUCCCAGAUCUCCUGAACGGUGCACCCGUGUCGCCGCAGCCAUCGUCCGCAAAGCCCAUGGGUGAAGGCUACUUCUCAACCCCUUCACCCUCGCUCCUCUCGAACCUGAAUACGCAGAACAUGAACCAAGCGCUCAAUUUCGGUGCCGGUCCGGAGACGCCGUCCUCGAUGAAUGGUAGUAAUCAUCAUGGCACCUUACCCGUCUCGACAAUCACUGAUUCAACAAGAAAUGCCAUCCUAGGUGCCCUGUCGGCCUCCCAGGCGUCCCAGUUUGGUACGCGGAGAUACUCGUUCGCCACGUCGACUAAUCCCCUCGCCACCGCCCGAACCUCCUCGAAGACCGCAAGCACAACCGGCACCACCGGCACCGGCGCCGCCAUCGCCAGCAGCACCGAUCAGACCACCUCCCUGCCGACUACACAAGAACUCCAGCGAUACGUCGGGGCAUAUCUGCGAUACUUCCACCCCCACCUGCCUUUUCUACACGUACCGACGCUGACGUUCGAGAUACCUGCGCAAUUGUUGGCUAACGGGCGAAAUAGCGACAUUGGCGGGAGCGGUUGUUUACUUCUUUCUAUGGCGGCCAUCGGCGCCUUGUUUGAGUUGGAGCACCAGGCGUCCAUGGAGCUGUUUGGGAUGGCCAAGAAGAUGAUCCAGCUGUAUCUCGACGAGAGGAGGAAGGCGAACGUAAGAAAGGCAGAAUCCCUUCGCCGAACUCCCAUGUCGGACCACAGUUCACAGCAGCAGGACCCUCCCAUCGAGACUCCCGUGUGGUUGGUUCAGGCUAUGCUCCUGAAUGUCGUGUACGGUCAUAACUGCGGGGACAAGCGGUCUGGAGAGAUUGCGUCCACACAUGCGGCCGCAUUAGUAAGUCUUGCGCAGGGGGCAGAGUUGCUGCGGCCAGUCCGAGUCGAACCUGUCGCCAAGGACGUCGAGAUGUCGGAUGCUAACGGCGCUGGCUCUUGGAGUGGAUCCGGGAGGGACCCGUCUGAAGAGCACGCCGAGUGGCUGCGCUGGAAGGCCGCUGAGGAGCGGAAGCGGACACUCUAUGCCGUCUUCACCCUGUCCAGCCUUCUUGUCUUGGCGUAUAAUCACACGCCGGCCCUGACGAACUCGGAGAUCUUGCUCGACCUUCCUUGUGACGAAGAGUUCUUCGCCGCCGACAGCGCCGCUGCGUUUCAGGCCAAGGGCGGAAUUGAGGCGGCAAACUACAACCGCAUGACGUUCCACGAAGCCCUAGGGCAGCUGCUGCGCUCCAACGAGAAACAGAACAUGCGGCCGUUCACUGACCCCCACCAGCCCUUUGGCUCGGCGUUCAACGCCAGUGAUCUCCCCGAGAGCAGCCUGAAGCCGAGCAGCUUUGGCUGUCUGGUAUUGAUCAGUGCGCUGCACAACUACAUCUGGGAGACACGCCAACGGCAUCAUAACAAGGUCUGGACCAAUGAGGAGACCGAGAAGAUGCACCGGCACAUUGAGCCGGCGCUCCGGGCGUGGCACGCCGCCUGGGCAAGUAACCCGCGGCAUUCCGCGGAACGUCCAAACCCUCACGGAGCAGGGCCGCUUUCGGCCGAUUGCAUCCCUCUAUUGGAUCUGGCCUACGUCCGCCUCUUUGUCAACCUCUCGCGAUCUAAAGAGAAGUUCUGGCAGCGCGAUUGGGAUGGCAUGGCCGAGGAGCUGGCGAAGGGGUCUGAGAUUGUCCAGCACGCCGAGAACUCGCCCGCCUCCAACGCCGAGUCCGCCAACACGGAUCCCUCGAGUACGCCUGGGACGGCUUCUCUUACGGUCGAUACCCCGCCAACACAAAGCUCUUCUCCUGAAUUCGGCGCCUCCAAGUUGCCAGUCUCGGGUAACGUUAACCCUGAGCGGACGCAGCAGGCGCCCCAGUCAUCCCAGACGCAGACAUCCAAUAAGCAGUCGAUAUCUCGCCGAGAGAAGCACUUGCGAAAAGCAGCCUUCUUCGCGGCUGAGUCUCUUUCCGUUCCCGACAAGCUUGGGGUCACGUUUGCCAAUCUCACUAGCCGCGAGUUGCCUCUACAGGCGACGCUCUGCGCCUUUGAUUGUGUCCAGGUCCUUGCUGAGUGGGUUGCCACUUUACAGGACCGCGUUGGGCCCUAUCUGGGCAUACUGGGCCGGGACAAGGUCGAUCUCACACAAGUACCGGCAAUCAUGUUGCUUGAAGAAGAGGAUGUCAGGCUACUUGCAAAGAUUGACGAUAUCAUACGAGGUGCUGAGAUCAAGAUGAGCAUGGACAUGACUCAAGUUGGCAGCAAUGGGGGGGUCUCGAGCGUCGACAGCAAAUUCCAGGUGGACGACAAUGCGGGAUACGCCACGAAGCUCUUAAGAGUCACAGCCUACAUGUUUGACAAAGCUGCUGUAUGGCCUGUCACCCGAUUGAUUACGUCCUGCCUCGAGACCCACGCGAACCACAUGCGUGCCCGCGCAGAAAAGUCCGUCGUGGCCCAAAUCUGAGUUUCUGAACACCUUGCAUUUCAGACCACCUCUGUGCUUUCCCACUCGCAAGUGAGCCCUGGCUCGCUUUUGGUCGAACAUUUCAUCACUG